CAAAUCCAAGAAUGUCUGUGUUUUACUUAAAUAAUCAAUGUCUACACUAUACACUAUAUUGCCAAAAGUAUUGGGACACCUCCCCAAAUCAUUGGAUUCAUAUGUUCCAGUCACCCCCAUGGCCACAGGUGAAUAAAAUCAAGCACCUAGGCAUGCAGCCUGCUUCUACAAACAUUUGUGAAAGAAUGGGUCGCUUUCAGGAGCUUAGUGAAUCCAAGCGUGGUACUGUGAUAGGUUGCCACCCGUGCAAUAAGUUCAUCUGUGAAAUUUCCUUUUCACUAAACAUUCCUCGGUCAACUGUUAGUGCUAUUUUAACAAAGUGGAAGCAACAGGGACCAACAUCAACUCCAUGAAGUGAUAGGCCAUUUAAAAUGGCAGAGCAAGGUCAGCCCAUGCUGAAGUACACAGUGCACAGAAGUCGCCAACUGUCUGC